AUGAGCUCAGAUGAGUAUUCACAAAUGACGAAUUAUCUUGAAAACAACUUAAAUAGAACUGAGAAAAAUGUAAUAGCCGUUAAAAGGAGGAAAUACCUUCGUGAUAAAAAUGAUUAUGCGAGGGACCAAGUUAGGUCGUAUUCCAAAAGAAAUCAGGAAGAACAUCAUACUUAUUAUAGACCCUUUAGACAAAUAGAGAGACAUGAAUCUAGAAUAGACAACAGGGAACAGCCUCAGAUCCAAUUUCAACAGAAAUUCAUUCCAACAACUCAACAACAUAAACCAUCUGGUAGACCUAAACCACUGAUUACUCCAGAAAAAGUGGUCAGAAGGAAGGAACACAAUUAUGAGUUAAGGCCAAGAUUAAACUCACGCAAGGUAGAUCAUAGAGAACAUGUGUCCUAUGAAAGAACUAGACCCAUUCCAAAAAAACGAGGAUUGAUACCCCUUGAAAAUAGGUAUGAAGUUUUAAAUAAAUCACCUAGGGAGGAGGUUUUUUGGCGCGCCCACAAAAAAGAUCGACACAAGGAGUUGGACAAUCAGAGGGGAACACCGGGAAAAAGAAGGAGGAGCAUAGAAGAAGGGGAGGUAGAGGAGGAGUUCACAUACAGAAAAGAGCUAAGGGACAGGAAUCGACAUCAAAUAACCACGGCAUCUUUAAUUUAA